CGAGGAAGAGAGAGAGAGAGAGAGAAAGAGUCAGGCCGCGUGCCAAGGACCCGCGAAUGAGAUGCGAGGAGCGGCCGGUGGGGCCAGGGCCGAGCCGUGCUGAGGGAAUCCGAGCUUGAGCAUGACUCUGGCCGGAUCAAACCAUUCACUCGCGGUAGAAACAGCGUUUCUGGGUGCCUGUAUUGGAUUUGUUGUACUACUACUCGCCGUUGUAUUGUAUUUGUCGCACAAGUGGUACUUAACACCACCCACAACGGCAGCGACACUCUUUGGCGGCGUCUGCGUGCCAAUUUGUGAAUCCAGCGACAGCUCCGCCGUCCAGAAUUUAGGUAAAGCUUGUCCAUUCUCGGAUAUUGAAACAAGUUCCGAUUCGGAAGAGGACGCUUUGCGUCGAUUAAAUUCGCUAAAUCGUUUGCCACUAGAAACACUGACGAUUCAAGCAGACGAUGGGCUGCCCAGCAUAUCAGACGUUGGGACGGUCAACAACAAUAAUUGUACUGAUAAUCACAUUAAUGACCAGCAGCAGUGUAUUGUCGAAGUAAGCUCGCCUAAUGUCAUUGUUAAUGACAUAGAAAAUGAGCCGCCGAUAAUUAACGAAAAUGGCGCCAUGGCAACACAUGAUACCAUUGCCUCGUUCUCGGCUAUUUCAAGCGAAGAGAUAGCGAGCAUCGAGGUUGCAUUCCUUUAUGAUGCACCAAUGCGAGAGAUGACGGUUCAUGUUCUUCAAGGUCGAAAUUAUCCGACAGGAAUGGGAGGUAGUCAAGUGCGCCUUCUAUUAUUACCUUCGAAAAAGCAACGUCGCAAAACUCGUAUACGUCAAGGACCUUCACCUCAAUACAUGGAGAGCUUCUUACUGCCUCGAGUUAACCCGGAGGAUGUUAACGCCAUGGGAAUUCGCGUUAGAGUAUACUUGUGGAGUGGUCGAAUGCGUAGGGAACGACUACUUGGCGAAGCCCGAAUUUCUUUCGAUCGAAUUAAUCUGCGCCUUGAGACUACACUUUGGCUAACCCUUCAGUUACCGCCUGCAUCCUCCAUACAAGAUUGGGGCACUACUCCAAGCCUAACUCGUAGCGAUUCAACUGGCUCUCAGCAAUCUGUACAAUCCUAUGCUUUAUCAAUUACUCCACCAUAUGGCAGUAGCAUGAAGGGUGGCAGUAUCGCGGAAAUCCUUAUUGGCUUGACGUACAACGGCACAACCGGAUGCUUAUCGGUUGAAAUCAUAAAAGGCUCGCAUUUUCGUGGUGGACGAGGCAACGACACAAAGCCACCCGAUACUUAUGUUAAGCUAGUAUUAGUCGAUAGUAAUGGGCACGAAAUGGGUCGCGCUAAGACUGGCUUGAGGCGUGCACAACCAAAUCCUCUUUACAAGGAUACAUUUAUAUUUCAGGUCGCUUUGUUCCAACUCGGAGACGUUACCCUUUACUUAUCGGUCUACAAUCGGCGCAGAACAGCAAUGGGCAAAAAAGGUCGCCAAAUGAUCGGCUGGCUGUGCCUUGGAGAGAGUAGCUCCGGUUCUGAAGAGCUCCAGCAUUGGAAUGACAUGCGCGCUGCUCGACAGCCAACGCAAAUCCAGCGUUGGCACUCGCUUCUCAGACCCUGAGCCUCGCUCGACGAGCCCUAUCAACGGCUGCCCUUUUUCU